AUAUUUACGGCGUCCGGAUACAUAUCCCUAACACCUGGCAAAUGCCUCAGUUUGGGAAUGAUUCAUGGAUUCUUCUUUGGAGCUGAGAGCAAAUGCUUCCGGUGUCGGUGUCCCUUAAAACAACUAUGGAGUAUCUAAGCAUGAUUUUAGAGACUUCACUGAAAGCGUCCAGAAGCACGCUUUUGACCCUAGUCGUCAUAAGAUUGGGUGGUGCUAAUAAUGGCGAAGAUCUUAGAAAAGCAGCCAUAAGGGAACUGAGAGAAGAAACUGGCGUUAUAUCAGCUGAGUUUGUUGCAGAGGCACCUUAUUGGCUGACUUAUGAUUUCCCAAUCAAAGUAAAAAAUAAGCUUAAUCGUAAAUGGGGUACAAAGUAUAGAGGUCAAGCACAGAAGUGGUUUCUUUUUAAGUUCACUGGAAAUGAAGAAGAGAUCAAUCUUUUGGGUGAUGGUUCUGAGAAGCCAGAGUUUAAAGAGUGGUCAUGGAGGUUACCAGAACAAGUUGUGGAGCUUGCUGUGGAUUUCAAGAAGCCAGUGUAUGAACAAGUUCUGGAAGUAUUCAGCCCCUACUUAUCAUUGGAUACAGAUGAAGAGCAGUCAACAGUAAAAGAAGCUAAUGGGGGAGAAGUAGGUAAGUAAAGUAAAGGAGUUGACUUUUAUGCAGGGUCAAGCAUCCUAAUUUUGCAAAUAAUGUCGGAAACUUUUGUGAUCAACCUGAUGCGAUUGAAUGAAAGUUUCUUAUAGAAUGAAACCAGAAUUUUUUGUUCA